GUCAGCGCGGCGGCUUCCAGAGAGUUCGGAGACGGCGGCGGAGCGGCGGCGGCGCACACCACAGCAGCCGGGAAGAUGGUGAAGGAGACGGGUUACUACGACCUGCUGGGCGUGCGGCCGGCCGCCAGCCUGGACGAGAUCAAGCGGGCAUACCGGCGCCUGGCACUGCGCUACCACCCCGACAAGAACCCCAGCGAGGGCGAGCGGUUCAAGCAGAUCUCGCAGGCCUACGAGGUGCUGUCGGACGCCCACAAACGGGCGCUGUACGACCGCGGAGGAGAGCGAGCCAUGAAGGAGGGAGGCCUGGGGGGCCGCGGGGGAGGCGGCGGCUUCGGCUCCCCCAUGGACAUCUUCGACCUCUUCUUCGGAGGGGGAGUGAGGAUGCGAGGCCGGGCAGACAGGAGAGGGAAGACGGUGGUGCACCAGCUGUCUGUGUCGCUGGAGGAUCUGUACAACGGCUCCACACGGAAGCUGUCCCUGCAGAAAAACAUCAUCUGCCGCAAGUGUGGAGGCUGCGGGGUGCGGGAGGGCGCGCAGAGGAGGUGCCCCAAGUGCCACGGCUCGGGCAUGGAGGUUCGCAUCCACCAGCUGGGGCCCAGCAUGAUCCAGCAGAUCCAGACCGUGUGCUCGCAGUGCCAGGGCCAGGGCGAGUGGAUCCGGCCCCGCGACUGCUGCCUCACCUGCAACGGCCGCAAGGUGGUGCGAGAGAAGAAAAUCCUCAGCGUGCACCUGGAUAAAGGCAUGAAGGACGGGCAGAAAAUCACCUUCCACGAGGAAGGGGACCAGGUGCCCGGCCUGGAGCCCGGGGACAUCAUCAUCGUGCUGGAUCAGAAGGAACAUCCUGUUUUCCGGCGCAGCGGCGACGACCUGAUUGUCAGGAGGGAGAUCAGCCUGGCAGACGCCCUGUGUGGGUGCAGGCAGGUGAUCCACACCCUGGACAACCGCACCCUGCUCGUGUCCUCCCCGCCAGGUGAUGUGAUCCGACCCGGGGACCUCAAGUGCAUCCCCAACGAGGGCAUGCCCGUCUACAGGAGCCCCUUCCAGAAAGGAAAACUCAUCCUGCAGUUCGAGGUGAAGUUCCCCGAGCCGGGCUGGCUCCCUACCGACCGCCUGCGGCAGCUGCAGGGCUUCUUCCCGCCGCAGGAGGAGGUGAUGGCCACGGAGGACACGGAGGAGGUGGAGCUCAGCGAUUACACGGCUCACAGCGGGCCGGGCCGGCGGCCCUACGCGGGGGAAGCUUAUCACGAGGAUGAUUUCGAGGAUGGCAUGAGGCAGCAUGUGCAGUGCCAGACCUCAUAGCGGGAUGGGGCCCGGCAGCAGGCGGGGCGCAGGCGGGGCAGGGGAGGGGCUGCCACCUUCAGGGAUGUAUAUAGGGCGCCUUUCCGACAGCACUGCACCUUCCCCGGCCCCACAGAGCCGGCAGAGCCCCCCUGCCCUGCCGGGUGAGCCCCCUGCCCGGUGAGCCCCCUGCCCGGUGAGCCCCCUGCCCUGCCACGGGGGGCACGGCGUGGGCUCCAGCUGCCACUGCUGGAUUGGAGCAGUAACACAGGGGGUACCCGCCGCCCCUGCCUCAGUUUCCCCAUCUGCAGCGUGGGGAGCAGGGGAAGUGCCCCAGUCCCACCCCCGCCCUGGGGAGCUGCUGCCCGGGCCCCCAGCUCCUUGCUUUGCCCGUUUCUUUCCUUACUGGAGCCUGGCUGUAGGCCUGGGAUGCAGAGGGGGUGGCUCUUUUCUCUUUGCACAGGACAGGAGGGGUUGGGGGGGACCCGUCCCUUUCCUUUAAUUUAUUUUUGGAAGAAUUUUAGAAGUUAUUCUUUUUUUUUUUUUUUUUUUUUUUGCGGGGUGGGGCAGAGAUGAGGGGGGUGGUGACUU